GGAGUGAAGACACAAACACCACCAGCAGUACUACACCCUUUACUACGAUUCCAGGCCAUAAGUUGCAAGACAAUGGCAAUUCAUCCAAUCUUACUCUUAUAUCAUCCACACAAUCUACAGCAACAUCUGCAGUAGGUAUGUCCACCAGUACUACUCAUCUGACCAGUACCAGUCAACCUACCAACACCACUAAGUCUGUCAUCCUGACGACUCAGCCCACCAAAACCAACCAGACAGAAAUAUCCACCACAGCUUCAUCAGUCACAUCAUCACAAUUCAAUAUUACGGUGGUGACCACUUCCAAGACUUCUUUCACUCCUGUAACAGCCACAUCAAAAUCUCAGGCUGUCGUAGCCAAAACCUCCAGAUUUGAUGUGGGCAGUUUUGUAGGUGGCAUUGUGCUGACACUUGGAGUCCUAGCUAUUCUCUACAUUGGAUGCAAAACCUAUCAUGCUAGAAGAGGCAUUCAGUACAGAACCAUUGAUGAACAUGAUGCCAUCAUUUAA